GUGCCGCGGUGGCUCGUUCCUUACCUUCAGGCUUCUGUAUUUUGUGGCCGCAUUGCAUGUCGCAGUAUUUUGUGAAUGCGGGCAAUGACGAAGACACUGAAGUGUAGGACGUGGGUCAUUUCCGCUGUUCUUGCAUUAUUGAUACCUUUUUGGUGGAUAGUUAUAAUGCAGCUUCAUCUCAGCAUGCUGGGGACCAAAGUUGGUGAACUGUACUCCGAAAUCCAGGACACGCAUACAUUUGUGCGCGAGUUUAUUUCCGCCUUUAAGAAUUCCGAUAUUGUGGAUUUAGAAAUUAGGGAAUACUACACGUACCCUGAAUCACAAGUAAAUCGUUUAAAUAAGCUAUCUCAAGAGGACGAGAAAUUAAUUGAGCAUAUAAGGAAGAAUCUUUUGAUUCCACCAAAAGUUAAUGGAUCUCUGCCAAUUAAAGACACCUCAAAAGGUCAAUCGGCAAAAAUUUUAGAACACUUCAAAAACAAAACUGGGGGAUAUUUUAUUGAAUGCGGAGCAAUGGAUGGCUAUAUGUUAUCCAAUACUCGUCUGCUGGAAACACAAAACAACUGGACUGGUCUUUUGAUUGAAGCCGACCCCAAAAACUUUGCAGCGCUAAAAAAAUCUGACCGAAAUUGUACUCUCCUACCUACAUGUUUAAGUCUAAAGAAACACCCAAUGAUGGUAAAUUUCUCAUCGCACACCGCUUGGUCCAAAAUCACCUCCGAGGAGCCUGGUUUCAAAGUGCACUGCAUGCCUCUAUUUUCAAUUUUGAAGGCAUUGAAUAGACCGACCAUUGAUUUCUUUAGUCUGGACAUUGAGGGCAACGAGUUGGACGUAUUGAGGACCCUUCCUUUUGACGAAGUUGAUAUCAAGACCUUCGCUAUCGAACAUUCGAAUAUAAAAGAGGGUCGGGAGCACCUGUUAGAGUUCAUGCUCAAGCAGGGGUAUUACCAAUUACCCUCGACCGAAAAGGAAAGAGGUUACAAUAAAUGGGCGCAAGAAGAUUAUAUUUUCAUAAAGAAGUAGCAUUCAAACGGUUAAUCGUUGUGAGCUUGCGCCUCGAUGAGGGUUAUCUUUGAGAGCAAUGUGAGUGCAUCAAAAACAAAGACAACAAAGUUGUUAUCAUAAGAUGAUAAAGGAUGCAAUUGGAUUGACAUAAAUUAAUAUUUUGAGAAAAAAUUUAACGAUUUUAUAAUGCUAGAAUAAAAAUUUAUUAAUGAUGCUACAAACUUUGGCUGAAGGUUUAUGAAAGCAAUUUUUUUUUAAUCAAAUUAAUUUUCCUAGUGUUUGGAAUUAAAAUUUUGGACGGAUAAAAUUAAAAUAAAAAACGCUUAAAAAAAAGGAAAAUUUCCUGCUCUUAUAAUUUCAUAAUCCUGAAUAAGAAUUUGACAGGUUCUUGUAUUAUUCUACCCUUUAGAGAGAAUAAUUAUGAGCUUACAAUUAGAUAUUUAUUAAUUUUCAUUCGACUUCACUUAAAAUGAAAUAAAUUUUCCAGUGUAUAAUUUUGCUGAUGUGUUAUUUAAUUUAUUAAGUCUCUUGUGUUUUCCCUCUAUUAAUCAUGG